AUGGCAGAUUCUUCAUCAAUAAUAGAAACUAAAACUCUCGAUCAGUUUUAUUCAUCUUUACAGUCAAAAGAACCAAACGUUCGUUUAGACUGUUUUUCUAAACUCGAAGAUUAUUUAUCUGAUGAAAAUAAUUCAAUUGAAUGUGAAGAUUUAACAGGUUUCAUAAAUGGAUUACUAAAGUGGGUGGAAAGUAGUAAUUAUCGAAUAUCUCAUAAUGGCCUUCGAAUAGUUGAACAGCUGCUUGAAAGAUUAGAUUCGUAUGAAUUUGAAAGUUAUCUUGAGAAUGUUUCGCUUGUAACAUUAGAUCGAUUGGGUGAUGGGAAAGAUCAAAUACGAGAAGCAGCUAGUCAUCUUUUAUUGAAAUUAAUGAAAGCAUUUACUCCACAGCGUGUUUGGGAUUUCAUACAACCUGUAUCAUUUGAAAAUAAACAAUUUCGUAUUCGAGAAGAAAUUCAACGAUUAUUAGUGCAAACCUUAAAUGAAUUUGGUGCAUCAACAAUUCAAUUGAAUAAACUUGUUCCAUUAAUAUGUAAACUUGUAUCUGAUUCAAAUGGAACUGUUCGUCAACAAGCUAUUGAUACACUUGUAGAAAUUUAUCGUCAUGUCGGUGAAAAAGUUCGGGGUGAUAUAGCAAAACGAGACAUACCAGAAGCCAAGUUAAAACAACUGUACGAUAAAUUCGAUGACGUUGUCGCAAGCGGUCGUAUGAUUGCUAAAGCGUCUGAUACGACAGAUGGUAAUUCUUCAUCUUCUAUAGCCAACGCUCGCCCCAAACCACCACCAUCAACAAUUAAAUCUCGAUUAAACUCCGAUAAUGGAACAUCAUCAAGAUCAAGACCAGUUGGUGGCAUUCCAACACGAAAUGUUUCUGCUGCAAUGUCUGCAGAAACGAAUAUCGAUACUAAAAUAUCUCCUUCUCCUUCGUCGAUGGAUCGUCGUUCACGUUCUUCAUCGGGAAUACCACGUCCACACUCAGCUAAAUUAUCAAUAGGAGCUGCUGCUAGUGGCGCAGUUGAUGAAGCGAUAUUUGAAGACGCUUUUAAUUCAUCACAUCCUAUACCAUUUUCAUCAAGUAAAGAACUUGAAAAUCAAGUAUUCAGUAUUCGAGAUAUAUUAGCUGAUACAAAUAAUGAUUGGGAAAAACGUGUUGAUGCUAUUAAACGAUUACGUUCAAUUAUUGCUGGUGAAGGUGAUCAAUGUGAAGAAUUCUUUCGUAAUCUGCGCCAACUUGAUCUACCAUUAGUAGCAACUGUAAAAGAUUUACGUUCACAAAUUGUCCGCGAAGCUUGUAUUACUUUAGCAUAUAUGUCUGUACGAUUUACAAAUCGUUUUGAGCGUACAGCUGAAGGUGUCAUACCAGCUAUGCUUGUUCUAAUACAAAAUAGUGCUAAAGUUAUUGCAACAAGCGGUGCUGUUGCUUUACGUUAUAUUGUUAGUAAUACACAAGCAAGUAAAUUAGUUCCACUGAUAUUAGCGGGAACUGAAUCGAAGUCUAAAGAUAUUCGAAGACACACAUUCGAGUUAUUAAUUACAAUGCUUUCACAAUGGGAUUUUGUUUAUUUGGAUAAACAUGGACAAUUAAUACAUAAUAUAAUAAAGAAAGGUUUAUCAGAUGCUGAUGCAGACGCAAGAUCGUUAGCAAGAAAAGCAUUUGGUUUAUUUCGUGAUCUUUUUCCGUUAUUAGCUGAUACUUUACUUUCUUCCCUUGACGCUGCAAAAAAGAAAACACUAUUGGGUGAAAUGAGUAAUUCAUCAAGUACCCAUUCAUUAGCCAGUACAGGCACAUCAAGAAUACGUAGUGCUAAAGAAACGACUCCAAGACUUGCUCGAGCAGCAAUUACCGACAAACAACAAUCGCCAGGUGCUAUUGCUCGAUCGUCAAGUGCUAAUGAACUUGCGUUAAGAAAGAAAAAUCAUUUGUCAAAUUUAAAUACACCAAAUGUUCAAACAACGACUGGCCGACCUCGUUUUCUUGCGCAAGCAGCAGCUACUACAACCAGCGCCAAAGCAUCUUCAAUAAAUGCUCGUCCUCCCCAUGUCGUUGCUAAAUCACAGCCAGGAAGUCGUUCAACCUCUCCAAAUUCAAUGAAAUCAUCUCAUUAUUUGUCAGCUGCAUUACGUACACCAACAAAUGCACGAUCAAAAAUACCAGUUGGUUCAAGUGGUGGUUCAAGAAUAUCUAGCAGAGAAUCAAGUCCAGGACGAACACGACCAUAUGGUGGAUAUCGAGGACCGGGUAGUGAUUAUGGUGAACAUGUACGUCGUGUGAGUGGUGCUUGGGGUGCUGAUAGUGGUGAUGAUGCAUCAGAAACAUCAAGUAUAUGUUCAGAAAGAUCACUUGAGGAUAUUGCUGAUGUUUUACGUCGAAUGCAAAGUAAUGAAUGGACUGAUCGAAAAGAAAGUCUUGCUAGUUUAUAUCACAUGAUUCGUUCAGGUCGUACAUUUAGUACUCAUGAAUUAAAACGUCUUACUGAAUUGUUAACCAAACGCUUUUAUGAUCCACAUUCACAAGUAUUUACAGCAUUUCUCGAUGUUCUACCCGAAUUUAUAACAGCAUAUAAACGUGAAUUAAACGAAUGGCUUUAUACAUUAUUAACACGCUUAUUAAUCCGUUUGGGUGCUCCAGAUUUACUUGAUUCAGUUUAUAAGAAAUUAAAAACAUGUUUAUCGAUUGUGAAUACAUCAUUUGAUGUUCAUGCACAAUUUACUGUUCUAAUUCGUUUUAUUAACGAUAAUUCAUCAGCACCAGGAAUCAAAGCCAAAGAAAUAUUAUUAAAAUAUUUACAACAAAUUAUACAACAAAUGGAACCAGUUGACAUAUCGAAUAAUGCCGAUAUUCGAAUUGCCUUGUCAAAAAUUAUUAACUGGUCCAGUGAACCAAAGAGCAUAGAGAUGAGAAAGGCUGCUCAAGGUGUUAUUCUUGCUUUAUAUAAUCUUAAUAGACCAGAAUUCACUUUAAUGCUUACUGCUUUACCAUCGACUUAUCAAGAUGCAGCUGCAAAAAUUCUUCGACCAACCAAUAGUAUGCAAUCAUCUAUUCACUUACAACAUGACAAUAAAUUCGAUUUUCUUCAACGAUCCAAUAGUAAUGGAUUGACAUCUUCAAUGACAAAUUCUAUUCAUUCAGAAAUUCAAGCUCCAUCAUAUGCAACGGAUAUGCGUGUUUUAAUGGAAAAUAUGCAAGCAUUAAAUGUAAAUCAUCGACAAGACGAUUUAUUAUUAUCGAGUUCAAGUUCAUUAAAAGAUAGUGGCUAUCAAGAUAUGCGAUCAAAUUCAAGUCGACAUUACACACCUCAAGCAUAUCGUUCAAAUCAAUCUCAAAGCAAUGCUACAGAAACGUCAGAUAGUAUUCUUGAUGCUGCCGAUCGUCCAGCUGCCAUCGAUGUCGCCCUUAACAUGGCAAAUCAACAAACAUUAGGAAAAGAUCAACGCCAACACGCAUUACGUUGCAUAUUGAAAUUUGCUAAAUUGAACGAUUCAGAUACAUGGAGUUUAGCAUUUAGUAAAACAUUAAAUAUUUUAACACAAAUUCUUGACAACGAACAAGAUGACAUAAUGUAUAAAGUUUAUAGUCUUCGUAUAAUACGUGAAUUAUUAACACAUCAUACAAGUUUAUUUAUGAAUUAUAUUGAAUUAACUAUAUUUCGAGUAUUGAAAGCUCAAAGUGAAAUUGAAAGUGAAAUAACUCGUUCAGCUGAACAAGCAGCUCAUGCUGCAGCAGAAUAUCUACCAGCUGACAGUACUGUUCGAGUUCUUAAACCAAUAAUUGAACAAGCAAAAUAUCCAAUGAAUCAAUCAGCUAUUGCAAUGUUACAAAAAACAAUUGAAUUGAUGAACAAAGAAACCUGUAUAGAAUUAAUGCCAGAAAUGAUUCCACCACUUUUGACGGUAUGGGAUGUUCAUUCCCAUAAUCUCGCUGGUGGAGAAAGCUCAUGGGAUAGCGAAACAUCAAGUGUACGAAAAGCAGCAGUAUUUUGUUUGGUGUCAAUUUAUUUGGUUGUAGGUGAUAGCCUUCGUACGCAUUUGCACAGAUUAAGUGCAAGCAAGCUCAAAUUAUUAAAUGUGUACAUUUCAAAAGCUCAACAACAAACAAGUAGUAUCAGCAAUUUGGAAAAAUCAUCAACUAUGAGUGUGAAUAGCAACAGAAUUUAA